UGAAUGCCAUGAAGCUAAAGACCCAUAUCCGUUCCUUACUCCAGGGAGAUAAACCUAACCGUUCCAGAUCCUUCCGUAGGAACAGGGAGGAGGAGGACGGGAGUGAUACGGAUCGACGAUCCCGCGCAACGACUCCGUCCGGCAGAGCGCUCUUGGAGGAGGUCAGCCUGAAACCGGUUGGGGAGCGGAAGAUCCCUGGUCGGUUGGACCCCCCAGAGCAGGAGGAAAAGUGUGAACUGAAAAAUCAUUUCCGGGAUUUUAUGAAAACUCCCGCGUUGGUUAAACGAAAUCGAUCCUUCUCCCAACCCCGGGAUAAGGAGAAAGGGAGCGGCUCUGAGAGUUUGUCCCGAAAAGAAAGUUUUGAACACAAAAAUCCGGCGGAAGGAUCAGACCAAGAGAAGUGUGAACUGGCGAACCAUACACAAAGGUUUCUAAAGAGAAAAUCGUUGAUUAAUCCUAACAAAAUGUCAGAUGACUCAGAUACGGAUAGUAUAGUUAAGGAUAAACCUACAGAUCAGGACGUAUCUGCGUCUGAUAAUGAAAAUGAACUAGAUGAUAGUCCUACUAAUAUAGUUUAUAGUAAACCUCCGCCUGCCAAAACAGUGGCGGAUAGUAACACUUAUAGAAGAAUUAGACCCAAAAACGGUGCGAAUGAAACCACUCCGCCCACUCGUAGGUUUGACCGUCGCCUUCGAUCAAAGUCUGAUAUUACGGUUCCAAAGAAUUACUUUAUGGACGAGGAAGCACAGACUGUUACAGAGGAAACGACGGAUAAUCCUGAAGUGGAGGAAAGUGAGACUAAAGCUCCCGACCCAGCGCCAACUGAUGUUAAAACAGAACUGACAACAAAUGCUGAACUGGAAUCCAACAAUAUCCCAACCCCUACAGAAACAAAAACUGAUACGUUGUCUGAAAACUGCUAUAACAAAUUUCAUGAUCGACAGAGAAGACGCAGAAGUAAUGCAAUCAUUGCUGAUAUUGAGAACGUCUAUUUGUCUGCCACCUUGAAGGUUGUCAACUCCGUUCCAAAACCGUUUGUUGCUAACAUCAAACCGACGGAGGAUGAGGACAAAACGUCCUACAAUAUUUCCUAUACAUUAGACAACCCGGAGAAAAAGUUUUCUCGUUCAGACAAGGAAACUAGUUUUGAAAAUGAAGUAGGAGAGAGAAUAGAACCUUACAGCACACUAGGAUAUAGCUCUUCAACCUCAGAUAUAAUGAAUGCCUGUAAAAGUGGUUUACGAAGGUUAACCUACAGGAAGACCUACUCUAGGUCUAGAUCUGGUCCCAAUGAGAUAGAUCAGGAUAAGAACAACAAUUUCUCCGAAAAAGGAAGAGAUGAGAGCCCAAAAACGACAUAUACUACCAUGUCAUCAGGUUCUAGGUUACCAAACCGUCCUACUACUCCAGGUCCCUACCUAAGCUCUAACUCCAGCCUGGGAUCUAGUCUUUACACAAUGAAGAGGCCAACCACUCCGGGUCCGUUUACUAGAGACAGUUGGAAGAGAACUAACCAGAGGUUUAACUACACAAAGAUACUUCACUGUACAGGGAGAGAAACAUACCUUUAGAUGGAGUAAUGGAAAAGGCCCCUGUAUCUUCCCCUUAAACCUUCACACAUCCAACACAAGAAGAGACAAAGCGUCAGCAAAAAAGUGUGCAAAGAUUUUGCGCGUGAUUUUAAAAACGGGGGAAUUAGUUUCACUAGUGGCAACUUUCCCCAACAUCUGGAAAUUUCAGACAUAGGAGGAAAAUCAAGUGAUGAGGCAAUAUUGUCUCCGACGGAUUACUGCCCUUGUUUGGACAAAGAAGAUGGACAAAUUGUAGAAACUUUAAUCGUCCCGAAUCGUCGCAGUUCUUUCCAAGACACUAGUCCCACAUCCCUCCCGUCUGAGUCGGAUAAAGACUCCGGACACAGUUCUAAGUUCUCCGCAAGGGAAGAACCAGACAAGGUUGAGAAUGACACUGAUAUAAGUGAGUUUAGUGAUGAUGAUCAGGAGAGAAGAGUAGAGCAGGAAACAGAGGUUCGUUCCAGGAUCCCGUUCCAGAGAAAAGUAUGGAAUCGUAGAAACGGUCGGUACAGAGUAAGACAAGGCGAAAAUACCUACUCCCACGAUUAUUUCUCUCCAUCUCCAAACCCUACUAGAGAAAUAUCAACCCAAUCUUCGAUCCAUGAUCAACUGAUCAACCUGAAAGCUGAGAUUGCUGCUAUGAAGCAGGAGAUUGCAGAGAUGAAUGAGGAAACUGAAACCGACACUGAGGAGGAAGAGAACGACCUGGAGGAGAAAGAAGGAAUCUCAAAGAGAAAUUUUGAGGAAUCAUUGGAGGGAGAGUUAUCUUACUUCUCUGACUGUUCUGUAAGUGAAUAUGAUUAUUUAGACUACAGUGAUGAACAAGAAGAACUUUCAGAUGAGGAGGAGGAGGUGGAGGAGGAGUAAUAAAACUUGUAAAUUUUGAGACUUACAAAAUACAUGGUUAAUCAAAACAUUUUGAAAAAAAUCUCCAAAUCUUAAUUCUCAAUUGCUGGAGAAUUGUUCUAUAUACAUAUAUAAUUUUUUUAUUUCAUCCUUUAUACCUAGUGACAAAUAGACUUAGUUGCAUUAAAACUAGAUUGUAAAGAUAGAACAAAAUGCAAUAAUUAUUUAGUUGAUCUAACACGUUCUACACUAUACCACACUGUGAAACUUUUGAGCUGCUAGUGAUUUUUACAGUGAUCAUGAUAAAUUAAUUUUCUGAAUAAAAUCUGUGAUAUAAA